AUGGCAGCACCUGUGAUCGCCUCUGCGGAGGCAGCCUCACGAACGAUGAUACCUAGACUCGCCUGGACAGCAAGCUCCGUCCGACCCAUAACCUCCUUUGCGCAGUACAGCAGUAGCAGCACAGCCUGGAGUACGAAACACACUACGCCCGUACGAACGACAGCAACCUCGACCUUCGCUCGCAAUGCCUGGGCACAACGGAGAGCAUCAAUACGACCGACACCACCAACCAUCUCUUCAACAGCACGAGCAUUCUCCUCAACCGCACGCCAACCGAAAGACCACCACUUCGACACCCUCAAGUUCGUCCAACGCCUCCAGAAAGAAGGCUUCACCGAAGACCAAGCCGUCGCGAUGAUGAAAGUCCUAGCAAGUGUCAUCGAAGAAUCGAUCCAAAACCUUACCCGCACCAUGGUCCUUCGCGAAGAUCAGGAGAAAGCAACAUAUACUCAAAAAGUAGACUUCGCAAAACUGCGGAGCGAGCUUUUGUCUGCCGAUACAACAGAAUCGUCUUUGACGAGAGCAAGUCACGAGAGAUUAACAAACGAGCUAGCGAAGCUGAACAAUCGCCUAAGGGAUGAGGUGCAGCGGACGCAGGCUAGUGUCAGGUUGGACUUGAAUCUGGAGAAGGGCAGGAUACGGGAAGAGGCUAAUACCCAGGACUUGAGAAUCAAAGAGACGGAGACGAGGAUCGAGCAGGAAUCGGCGGCACUCAAGGAGAGGUUGGAAGCUGUCAAAUUUUCGACGUUGCAGUGGUUGAUGGGAGUGUGCACUGGUGCUGCGGCCAUUAUAUUGGGUAUCUGGAGGUUGAUCAUGUAG